GCAGCCGGAGUCGCUGGGCUCCUCCACAGCCAUGUUCCUCAUUCUACCGCUCCCGCUUCUUCCCCGCCUCCCACCAUCCUACACUGCCGUUGGGUCCUCCCUUCUGUCUUGGGGGCGGGAAGGUGGGGGUGAUUUUUAAAAAUCAGAACUAUUGACAUUUCUGGUCUCCUCGUCGCUUCGGACUGAAGCGCGGAGGGGGAUCCGCGGGCCGAGGGUCCCCCCUCCCUGCUUGCACCAGGGCCGCUGGGUGACACCGAAAUCCAGAGGCUCCCGCCCCUCGGGGGUUCCUCCUCCCGCUUCCCGAGGUGACUGGUUGGCGCGAAGGGAUUGGCGAUCCCGGGCGCGAUCCCGGCCGCGGCUCCCCGCGCCGUGCCGGGUGAAUGGCCGCGGGCGGAGGAUCUGGAGGCGCCGGCCGCAGACCAAUCGCGACCGCCGUUGGGAGUAUUUGUUAUUCACAUGGAAGAGACUUGGCGCCGGCUUGGCCAGCUCAGCCCCCUCAUCCCCGAGACCAGCCACAAGUGCUGCCACGGUGCUCGCCUCGCGCGGCGACGGCGGCGGCGGCGGAGGCGCUGACAUGGAGCUGCGGGCCCCCCGCGGGCUUCCUCACCGCGCCCUCUGCGGGGAGCAGGGAAUAAUUUUGCUACAAGGCUGAUUUCAAGGACAUGAAUUGUUGACCUCAUCCCAACAUCAGAACCUCAGACGUUCUAAUUUUUGCACCAUUCCAGGCAAGUUGAUCUUAUAAGGAAAUAAAAUUGAACCUUAGGGGUCUGAUGGGAAUUCACUGUGACGUUCAAAUCAAGAAAACUUGCUGAUGCCCACAGAGCCUUUUCCCCAUGGGCCCUGAUGGUAGCCUCCAGAAGGCGCAGCCUCAGGUGGUCCCCCUUCUUCUGUGGCAAGAAUAAACUUUGGGUCUUGGAUUGCAAUAUCACCUGUGGAGAAAAUGGUAUGCGAGGGAAAGCGAUCUGCCUCUUGCCCUUGUUUCUUCCUCUUGACCGCCAAGUUCUACUGGAUCCUCACAAUGAUGCAAAGAACUCACAGCCAAGAGUAUGCCCAUUCCAUACGGGUGGAUGGGGACAUUAUUUUGGGGGGUCUCUUCCCUGUCCAUGCAAAGGGAGAGAGAGGGGUGCCUUGUGGGGAGCUGAAGAAGGAAAAGGGGAUUCACAGACUGGAGGCCAUGCUUUAUGCAAUUGACCAGAUUAACAAGGACCCUGAUCUCCUUUCCAACAUCACUCUGGGUGUCCGCAUCCUCGACACCUGCUCCAGGGACACCUAUGCUUUGGAGCAGUCUCUAACUUUCGUGCAGGCAUUAAUAGAGAAAGAUGCUUCGGAUGUGAAGUGUGCUAAUGGAGAUCCACCCAUUUUCACCAAGCCCGACAAGAUUUCUGGUGUCAUAGGUGCUGCAGCAAGCUCCGUGUCCAUCAUGGUUGCUAACAUUUUACGACUUUUUAAGAUACCUCAAAUCAGCUAUGCAUCCACAGCCCCAGAGCUAAGUGAUAACACCAGGUAUGACUUUUUCUCUCGAGUGGUCCCACCUGACUCCUACCAAGCGCAAGCCAUGGUGGACAUCGUGACGGCACUGGGAUGGAAUUAUGUGUCAACACUGGCUUCUGAGGGUAACUAUGGCGAGAGCGGUGUGGAGGCCUUCACUCAGAUCUCGAGGGAGAUUGGUGGUGUCUGCAUUGCUCAGUCACAGAAAAUCCCACGUGAACCGAGACCUGGAGAAUUUGAAAAAAUUAUCAAACGCCUGCUAGAAACACCUAAUGCCCGAGCAGUGAUUAUGUUUGCCAAUGAGGAUGACAUCAGGAGGAUAUUGGAAGCAGCAAAAAAACUAAACCAAAGUGGACAUUUUCUAUGGAUUGGCUCAGAUAGUUGGGGAUCCAAAAUUGCACCUGUCUAUCAGCAAGAGGAGAUUGCAGAAGGGGCUGUGACAAUUUUGCCCAAACGAGCAUCAAUUGAUGGAUUUGAUCGGUACUUUAGAAGCCGAACUCUUGCCAAUAAUCGAAGAAAUGUGUGGUUUGCAGAAUUUUGGGAGGAGAAUUUUGGCUGCAAGUUAGGAUCACAUGGGAAAAGGAACAGUCAUAUAAAGAAGUGCACAGGGCUGGAGCGAAUUGCUCGGGAUUCAUCUUAUGAACAGGAAGGAAAGGUCCAAUUUGUAAUUGAUGCAGUAUAUUCCAUGGCUUAUGCCCUGCACAAUAUGCACAAAGAUCUCUGCCCCGGAUACAUUGGCCUUUGUCCACGAAUGAGUACCAUUGAUGGGAAAGAGCUACUUGGUUAUAUUCGGGCUGUAAAUUUUAAUGGCAGUGCUGGCACACCCGUCACUUUUAAUGAAAAUGGAGAUGCUCCUGGACGUUAUGAUAUCUUCCAGUAUCAAAUAACCAACAAAAGCACAGAGUACAAAGUCAUCGGCCACUGGACCAAUCAGCUUCAUCUAAAAGUGGAAGACAUGCAGUGGGCUAACAGAGAACACACCCACCCAGCGUCUGUCUGCAGCCUGCCAUGUAAGCCGGGAGAGAGGAAGAAAACGGUGAAAGGGGUCCCUUGCUGCUGGCACUGUGAACGCUGCGAAGGUUACAACUACCAGGUGGAUGAACUCUCCUGUGAACUUUGCCCUCUGGAUCAGAGACCAAACAUCAACCGCACAGGCUGCCAGCUUAUCCCCAUCAUCAAAUUGGAGUGGCAUUCUCCCUGGGCUGUGGUGCCUGUGUUCGUUGCAAUAUUGGGAAUCAUCGCCACCACCUUUGUGAUUGUGACCUUUGUCCGCUAUAAUGACACACCUAUUGUGAGGGCUUCAGGACGUGAACUCAGUUACGUGCUCCUGACAGGGAUUUUUCUCUGUUAUUCAAUCACCUUUUUAAUGAUUGCAGCACCAGAUACAAUUAUCUGCUCCUUCCGACGGAUCUUCCUAGGACUUGGCAUGUGUUUCAGCUAUGCAGCCCUUCUGACCAAAACAAACCGUAUCCACCGAAUAUUUGAGCAGGGGAAGAAAUCUGUCACAGCGCCCAAGUUUAUUAGUCCUGCAUCCCAGCUGGUGAUCACCUUCAGCCUCAUCUCUGUCCAGCUUCUUGGAGUGUUUGUCUGGUUUGUUGUGGAUCCCCCCCACAUCAUAAUUGACUAUGGAGAGCAGCGGACACUAGAUCCAGAGAAGGCCAGGGGAGUGCUCAAGUGUGACAUUUCUGAUCUCUCACUCAUUUGUUCACUUGGAUACAGUAUCCUCUUGAUGGUCACUUGUACUGUUUAUGCCAUUAAAACCAGAGGUGUCCCAGAGACUUUCAAUGAAGCCAAACCUAUUGGAUUUACCAUGUAUACCACCUGCAUCAUUUGGUUAGCUUUCAUUCCCAUCUUUUUUGGUACAGCCCAGUCAGCAGAAAAGAUGUACAUCCAGACAACAACACUUACUGUCUCCAUGAGUUUAAGUGCUUCAGUGUCUCUGGGCAUGCUCUAUAUGCCCAAGGUUUAUAUUAUAAUUUUUCAUCCAGAACAGAAUGUUCAAAAACGCAAGAGGAGCUUCAAGGCUGUGGUGACAGCUGCCACCAUGCAAAGCAAACUCAUCCAAAAAGGAAAUGACAGACCAAAUGGGGAGGUGAAAAGUGAACUCUGUGAGAGCCUUGAAACCAACAGUAAGUCAUCUGUAGACUUUCCGAUGGUCAAGAGCGGGAGCGCUUCCUAAUAGAUCUUCCUCUACCAAGACAACAUAUAUCAGCUACAGCAAUCAUUCAAUCUGAAACAGGGAAAUGAUACAAUCUGAAGAAAUGUGGUAUAUGAUGUUAAACAAUGAACAUGAGACUACAAAAAUUCACUCCUGGAGAUCUCCGUAGACUACAAUCAAUCAAAUCAAUAGUCAGUCUUGUAAGGAACAAAAAUUAGCCAUGAGCCAAAAGUAUCAAUAAACGGGAAGUGAAGAAACCCGUUUUAUACAAUAAAACCAAUAAGUGUCAAGCUAAAGUAUUGCUUACUCAUGAGCAGUUAAAAAAAAUCACAAAAGGAAAACUAAUGUUAGCUUGUGAAAAAAAAAUGCUGUUGAAAUAAAUCAUGUCCGAUGUUAUUCUUGUAAGUAUUUUUCUGUGAUUGUGAGAACUCCCAUUCCUGUCCCACAUUGUUCAACUUGUAUAAGACAAUGAGUCUGUUUCUUGUCAUGGCUGACCGGAUUGAAGCCCUGGGUUGUGCUAAAAAUAAAUGCAAUGAUUGAUGCAUGCAAUUUUUUAUACAAAUAAUUUAUUUCUAAUAAUAAAGGAAUGUUUUGCAAAUGUUGAGAGUUGUUUUGUUCCAGUUUUAAAUCUUGGGAAAGCUCUUCUUUCUAGUUAGUUCCUUCUAUGAAAGCUCUGGUGUUCUGAGGAAAUAUUUCUUUGAGGAAUAUGUUUUUGUACAUUUGUGUGCAUAUGAGGCAGAUUGUCUUUUAUUCCUGUAUUAAAAGGCAUUAUUAGUGUAAGACUUUGUGAAUAUUUCAAGAUUUCUGUGGCAGCUUUUCAUAGUAACUGCUUCUUUCAUGAAGAAUCAAGCAAUCGUUUGAGGUAAAUUACUUUGAGUUAAUUAACAAAUGAUGAAUUAAACUUUACUUUGGAGAAUGUAAUAUGCAGAUUACCAUUUGAAAGUACAUCAAAAUGUGUCACUGUAAUUCCCCAUUAUAUUUCUAAAUCAAAAUUUUUGCAUAAAGAAAUAUCAUGUGGUAUGUAGUUUUAAGCUUUUCUCACCUGGGCAUAGAAAUCACUGAAAUCAGUGAAGUAAUGGGCCUUACCCAGUACGUUCUUCAAAGCACAUAAUUAGCAUAUUUAUUCCCUUGGCAUCACUAUAAGAAGCCACAGUUCAGGUAAUAUGUCAAUGCUUUCUUAUUUUCCAAAUGAAAACAUUCAUUGGUUCAUAGAACAGUAUCAUGAAAGAGAGAGGAAACAGGGAGCCUGUAUCAUACUAAUAAACCAUGCCAGAAUGGAUAAAAGGAGGCUGAUAAUGACUUUCGAAUCUGUUCCCAUUUUUGUCAUGGGCUCUUCUAUGCCAUACAAUCCCAGACAUCCAUCAAGUCAGUGGGUCUCCACAAUCAUUUUGUUAGUGAAUGUUCACUCUGCUGAGUUAGCUUGGAUGGCUCAUUGCACUCCUUAUAGAUACAGAGAGCUGUCUGUGCUCUGUAGCUUCAACCCAGUUACUGACAGUUACUUUAUUUAACAGAGAAGGUUGAAGUAGCAUAGCACAGGCUCCUUCAACAUACAGUGAUGUUUCCUAGAUAUCUACAAAGACACAUUGCUGCAUAUAGAAGGAAAUGUGUAUCUACUGGCUUUUUGUUGAGUUUCUCCUAAUAGUAAUGGUUGUUUGUAGAUAAUAUUUAAAUCCAGGAGUAAGGGCAUUAUUUUCAAGUUUUCAGAUUAUCUGAAUUACUGAUAAUGCAAUCCUGCAAUCAGGAUCCUAAACCCACCUCUAGGUGUGCCUUUCUAGAUAAGACCUAGACUAAGCAAAAUAAACCCAUUACAGCAUAUUAAGUGUAUUUUAUUGUGCCAUGUAGCUCAGUACCAGUAGCCAUACAAGAAGUAAUUAUACUUGUAUUUUAAAUUUUAAGUUGACAAUUUUCUUCAUUUUGGAUAUUGUUCAUGGUUUGUAAGAAUGUUUUUUUCUUCAUUUUAACUAUCUAUAUGUUUAGUUACGUGAAUUAUGUAAGCCUUGCAUUUCAUUCAGAGAGCAAAACUCAAGUAUAUUUUUGUUUACUAAUUUCAUUUAUGGAUUGACUCUAAUCAGGUUCAGUGGAUGUGACAGGGUGAUUAUGAGAGCAAAAUUGGCUCUCAGGCCAAAUAUGGGUUUUUAUUAUUAUUGUUACCUUUUAAAAAAAUGUUAAAGUUCUAGGAAGAAAAAUAAAAUGCCAAGCAUAA